AAAUUAUUCACUGAAAAUCGGCACUAGUACGGAAACUAAUCAAUGGGGAAUGUAGUGAAUAUUUUUGAUUUAAUUUGACGAAAGACAUUGACUCAAAUCAUUGGCAAUUUAGAGUCGGCGUCUAGGGUUUCGGCCGCUCCACAACCCUGGCCACGACGUAUACCUUUUAUGCGCAAAAAGUGAAGAAUCGGAGGAAAACGCAGACGGAAACCCUUGAAUUUAUCCAUGAAUCUCAUUUUGAAGUUAACCGAAAAUAGCAUUUUAAGGUGAUCGCACCUGAAGCUAGCAUAAAACGCAACGUGGCAGUGAUUUUUCGACGAUGAAAGCACGCAAAAAAUAAAAAGAAAACUUCCGCAGACGUCAGCAACGUAGCGAGCCAAUAAGAAAAGAGAAUAAAUAAACGCGGGGCAGAUUCAGAUGAAAUAAAAUGAAAUUAAAGAAUAAAUAUUAGCACGGGUAGAGUGAUAUUUGUGGGCGGCAACGUGUGCCGUUGUCAUGCAUUUUGUCACACAGCAGCGGGCACAAAAUCAGCACCACCAGCCGCAGAAGUCCAACCCCUCGUCGAGCUCCUCGCUGGCCUCCGCCUCCUCUUCUUCCAUCUCCUCUUGCUCCGGAUCGGGAUCGGGAUCGGGAUCUGGAUCGGGCUCGGGAGCAGGGUCGUCGCGGUUCGUGGCCCUCCGAAAGUCCGCCAGCCAGGGUGCCCUGCCCAAGUCCUUGGCCACCGCCCAGAGCCUGUUCCUUCGUCCUUCGGCGCAAAGUAAACACAAACGCACUGCCAGCUUGAAUGCGGCGCCCAUGAUUAAAGAUAUUGAUAAACCCGACCCAACAACAUCAAGUGUUAUCCUAACCGCUGCGACGGCCGAAAGUCCGAGCGGCAGUAAGCCCCCCGCCAAUGCCAACAUGAUACCCGAGACCACCCAGCCCGAUCAGCUCCAGUCACAGACCCAGUCACAGUCACAGUCGCAGCCACAGCCGCAAUCCCAGACACAGUCACAGCUCCAGGACAACCCGCUGGAAACUGCGCCGAAUCCCCAGCAGCAAUCGCAGCCGGAGGAGAAGGAGCAGCAGGCGGACGCCAAGUCCGAUGAGAGCAGUGCUGGCGACAGGCGCGACUCCAUCACUGAGGAGAUCACGAUUACGACCACCACCACCACCAGUACUCUGAGCACCAAGCUACUGACCAUCCAGGAGGCCGCCGGCAGCCUCGAGCAGAGCAGCCUCUCCAAAUCGUCGUCCUCCAAACAGAUCGCUUCCACGACAGCCCCAACAGGUGGAUCGCCGCCCAGCAGUGCUCGUCUCUCGCCAAAGCCGCGGCAUGACUCCUGCGGAAGCAGUCCUGGCCUAGGGCAGGCUGCCACCUCCACGAGUCCCUGCGCCACUUCCAGUCCCCUGAACGGCUCCUCCCAGGGCGCCACGCCCAGCAUAAAUAUCGUGUCCAGCGACUCGAGCCGGGAUCAGCCCCUCCAAUCGCAGAGCGUAGACUCGAACGGGUUCACCGCCCCGGUCGGAAGCCUCACGGACAGCCCCUGCAGCCGCAAGAGCUCCACCAGCUCCAAGGGGAAGGCGAGCCAGCCCAAGUUGUCCACCUCCAGCAGCGGACGUGAUGAGCUCUCCCUCUCGCUUGUCUCCCAGCAGGACAUCUCCCAGCACCGGCUGAGCGACCUCACCCCGCACGAGCUGAGCCUUCUCCGCGUGGACAGGGAGCAGCAGGUGACCAGCAGCAGCUCCACCUCCAACGAGAAGCCGGCCAAGCCCUCCCGGCUCUCGGAGCGGGCCAAGAAGAAGUCCUGGUACAACGUCAUCUACCCCAACUACAAGUCGCGUGCCGAGGACUUUAAGAAGCUCUUCAAGGACGUGCCCAACGAUGAGCGUCUGAUUGUGGAUUAUUCGUGUGCCCUGCAGCGUGAUAUUCUAGUUCAGGGACGAUUGUACGUAUCACAGAACUACGUCUGCUUCCACGCCAACAUCUUCUCCUGGGAGACCUUCCUGAGCAUCAAGUGGAAGGAUGUAACGGCCAUUACCAAGGAGAAGACGGCCUUGGUGAUACCCAAUGCCAUUUCGAUAGCCAGCGGCAAGGACAAGUACUUCUUUGCCACGUUCACGUCGCGCGACAAGAGCUUCUUGAUGCUCUUCCGUGUCUGGCAGAACACGCUGAUGAACAAGCAGUUCUCGCCACAGGAGAUUUGGAAGUACGUGCAUAGCUCCUACGGCGAGGAGCUGGGCCUAACCACCGACGACGAGGACUACAUCGAUCCCACGCUGGACAACGGCAACGAGACGGACUUUGACUUCCAGACGGCCAUCGACGACGACAGUCAGUCGCAGCGCCAGUCGCAACAGUCGAACCAGUCCAACCAGUCCAAUCCCCAGCUGCCCCAGAGCGGCAACAGCAGCGCCAGCAGCGGCGGCGGUGCCAGCCGGGCCUCAGCCCCCCGCAAGUCAAAGACGAAAUACUUCUUCAACUCGUCCAAGUCCUCGGCCAACGCCUCGGCCAGCGGUUCGGACAACAACAAGACCAGGGAGAGUUCGCGCAAACUCAACAAGAAGAUGAAGCAGAACGCCAAAGAGUUGACGCUCAGCUCCGUGAAGCCGGCGGAGCAAUCGGUCAGUGUUACCAUGACCCAGGUGCCCGUAGCCAGCAGCAGCAGCACUGCCGGCUCCACUACGAACACAUCCACCUCCUCCACAGUCGCCAACCAUUCCGGUUCCGGGACCUUGACUGGUUCAGGAUCAGGUUCUGGCCCAGUAGCUCCAAGCGGCACCGAUAAGAAGAGCGCUGAGAAGAAAAUCAGCACGGCUUCUAGUUCAGGCGCAGCAGCUGCAGCAGCGGCCGUGGCGGCUUCGGAUGGCACCUCAGGUUGUCCUGCGACGGAGUCUAAGCUGGAGACCAAACGCAAGCUGAGCAAGAAUCACAAGACCGCCGACGAGGCCGUGCCCACAGAUGUGUCCGACUCGUCCGACUCCGAAGCGAACAAUGUGCCAUUUGUGCCCACCACAGAAUGCACUUCCACGCACGAGGGUCGCCAGAUUGUGCACACCAUCCUGCCCAUCAACGUGGACACUCUGUUUAACAUGCUCUUCAGUAAAUCCAAAUUCCUGACGGACUUCCACGCCUCGCGCAAGUCCACAGACCUUAUAAUGGGCGAGUGGUCCAGGAAUGAGGAAGGCCUGAACGUACGAACCGUAAACGUCACCGUGCAGUUGGCCGCCUCCGUGGGUCCCAAGUCCUCAAAGGUGACUGAGUACCAGACCAUGCGGGAGUGCAGCAAGCCCGGGGAACUGUAUUCCAUAGACGUAAAUAGUGUAAACGCAGGCAUUCCAUAUGCGGACAGUUUCAGCGUACUCAUCCACUUCUGCCUCGCCAGGACGGUCGAUGAUCACACGAUGCUGUCGGUACACACCCAGAUCAAGUACAAGAAGUCGAUUUGGGGCGUUGUCAAGGGAUUCAUCGAGAAGAACACUUGGGCGGGUCUGGAGGACUUCUUCGGCUCCCAGCUGCACGCGCUCCAGAGCGAAACGUGCAUUCCGCCCGCCAAGGGCAAGGGACGGCGUCCGCGGAGGGGCAUGAAUCCCCCUUCUGCGACAUCAACAUCCUCAUCGGCGAAAACAGCCACUGCCACGACCACCACCACUGCAGCUGUGGCCACCACGACGAGUACGGACAAUGACAGCAUUCACGAGGCGCCACAUCAUCUGUCACCCAGUCUGCUGUUCACCCAGCCCCACCAGCAGCACCAGCACCAGCACCUGCACAUGCAUCACCACCACCACCAUCACCACGGUGGCCAGCAGCAUCAUCACCAUCAUCAUCAACAGCACGGCCACUUCGAUGCCAGGCCCUCCCAUCAUCAUCAACCGCUUUCCAAUCACCAUUACCCUCAUCAUCAGCAUCCCCAUUGGCAUCAUCGUAAGACAAUAACUCAUUCGAGCCGAGGAACCGCCACACAAAUACGCCCCCUGGAGGAAGCAGGCGGCACGGCACAGCCGGGCAUCGCCGGCUUGCCCGGCGACACCCUAGACACCCAGCCGCUUGUCGCCGGGGCUGCAGUCGGCGCCGCUCCCGGUCACCCGCUGCUGCUCGAGGGCGGCAAGCAGCCCCAUCUCCACCAGCAGCAGUCGCACCAACACCUCCACCUACAGCAGCACCACAAGCAGCAGCAGCAGUUGCACCCGGGCGGCGACGACGGCCAGCCGCUGGCGAUGGGUCACGGGCAGGGUCACAGACUCGGUUUCAGACACAGGGGCUUGUCGUUGUUGGUUAUUCUGUUGCUGUGCUUGAUGCUGGCAUUAAAUGUGAUAUUAUUACUUAAGCUCUGGAAGCUGGAGGAACGGAUUGACGUGGAUCUCAGUCGGCGGGCGCGACUGCCCAACUUGGCGGCCUUAAAGGACCUACCUAACACAAACCAGGAAUGGCUGGAGCUGCUGCGCGAUCAGGAAAUCGCACACGAAGCCGAGCUAGAUAAGUGGCAGCAGGUGCUCCAGACUGCCAUUGAGUUGCUGAAAAAGGUGAGCAAUGUGUGCGAAAAGAUCUACAACGACGGCAAGCUGCGUCAGCGGAUCGAGUCGAUGUCUAUGCCGGCGCACAGUGAAUUCUAAGCGUCUCAUUAGGCCGUGAAUAACACCAGUGCAACACACACACUAGCAACAGAAAUCAGCCAGCGACAGCUAAUUGCAACUUUACACUCAUAACCAUACACUCAUGUAUACUUGCAGUGCGUUUCAAAAAUGUAAGGCAUUUUGAAGUACACUUGCAGUUUUCUGCGGCAGCUAAUCGACACAAUAGUUUGUUUAUUAAAAAGGAAAGCUUUUCAGGAAUGUCUGUACUUCAAAAUGCCCUAAAGCCAGGAAAUGCAGUGUUCUAGCGGACAUUUGUUACUGAUCUCUUAGUUAGCAAUACACAAGCCCGAAACUGUUGCAUGUUCUUCUUCCUCUGUUCAAGAAAUGAUUUCUCCGCUGAUCAGAAUUGAAUCGUGUUUGAAACCAAGAAGGACCUAUCCCAACCGGAGAAAUCAUUUCUUUAGCCAUAAGUUCAAUGCAAAAACUCAUUUCGAUGUAUACUAAAAAUUAAAACAAGAACUGUAUUGAUGUUCAAGCUAAAUUCAAAAGUUCAGAUAGUGGAAAGAGAAACAAAACUUUGAGGCCCCACACAAACUCACAGUCACAAUCCCUAAUUUUUGUAAGUAAACUUUUAUAUUCUAAGAUACUCUGUAUAUCUUCCCAAUCGCACUUGACGUGACUAACCCCUCUUAUUUCCGAUCUAACCAAGAGGUAUUGGAUUUGCCUGUUAAACUCUAUGUUUUAUGAAUUGAUUCUGUGUUGCAUAGACUCACCCAAACACCUUUUGUUUUUUCAGACUGAAAGAACUUUGGCUGAAAUGAUUGUACGCUAAGCAACUAAUUAAAUUGAGUUCUAAAUUAUGCAACUAGCAUUAAUCCAAUCCAAUUGUCUUCGACACAAGCACGCGAAAUACGCAGAGCACAGCCCUUGGCGACGUGCAAAGCCACCAAAAAUACCAAGAAAAUCUGAAAUUGAAUUUAAAAUUCAACUAAAAUUUAGUCACAACCUACUGUGUAAGAAGAAGUUAAGGAAAGAAACCAACUGUCAUUUUGAAACAUUUACGAUUACGUUGUAGUUUAAGAGAAGCAAGUGUAAUUUAGCUCGUAGGUAGCUGCAUUUUAGUUAGAUUAGAGCAAUUGUAUGUUUUUAGUCGCGGCAUUUAUGUACGUGUAGCACCCGUUUGCUUGACUUUGAUUUAGACUCAAGUUUCUACGAAUUCCUCAAGUAUUUCAUAUCUCACAGCAUACCAAAAAUCGUAGCGAAUCAAGGAGCGAGCGCCCUGAAUUUUUGUUUUAGAAAAUUCAUCUACACGUCGAGAGUCGAGUGAGCGCAAAGCUGGCCAACCGAAGCCCAAUAAAUAUUAUAAUGUAACCUGUAGUGGCCACUGUUUGGCCAGAGAGAAUUUGAUAAAGCCGUUUAUACAAACUGUUUAUUGUGUACGAUAUUUUUGUAAACCAGCCGAAACACUUGUGAGCAAUGUUUUUGUUCUUUUGUGAACCUCCUUCUAAGUCUACUCCCAACCCUAUCUUGGCGCCCCUAUACAGUCGACACAAAACGAUUUAAACAUUUAAGCUUCCGGGCCAGAUGAAAACCAAUAAUUGCAAACUCUGUAUACACUAUAUAUAUGUUGCAAUAUACCCAUAUAUAUAGCCAAGUAUUGUUAGUCGGUAGUAGUUGCAUUUUAAACCCAUAAAAGAAACGAAAUUAAAGCUAUUUAAAGCAGCAACUCGUGCAAGUUUCGAAUGUGAAGCGUAUUAAAAGGAAUAUUUAGGCAAGUAGUUAAGGUCCUGCAUGUUGGCUAACCCAGAAACAGUCAAAUUUGAGCCGCAAUGAGUGGGCUUGCAAUUUGUGUCACAACCUAGACUUGUAAGAAACCGAAUGUUACGUCGCAGCAAAGAAAAUUCUAAUUUAUUAUAAAACCGAAUAAAGAAAAACUGUGUUUAAUUGAC